AUAUUCCAGGGACAGAAGAAACACUCAACCUCCUGUAAACAUGGGAACCAUGAUCCCAUUGAGGAAUUCAUUUCAUUUUUUUCUUUGGCCAUUGCUAUGGACUCUGAUCAACAUAAAGUUAACGUAACAGAGAGUUUUGAUGCACAGUUUGAAGUAAUGCUCAUGGAUGGAGAGGAUCAGCUGUUCUGUGAAACCUGCAAAAGAAUGAUGGACAUGGAAAUGAGUUGCACCAUUUCUGAACUGCCAGACAUCCUGACUCUACAUUUGCAGAGGUUUUACUUGGAUUACUGCUACAUGACUUACAUGAAGAAUAACUGUCCUGUUGAAAUUCCUCUUCAGUUAAAAGUGCAGUCAAUCACACUGGUUCCCUCAGUGGUGGACACUACUAUGCAGAUAUCAAGUCAUUUGAUGACCAACAGUGAUUCCAAAAACGUAUGA